AUGUGGACCUCAAACGUCCUCUUACAGUAUAUUAAGCACAUUUAUGUGUGUCUGCUCCUGGUGCUGUACGUGAAUUGUACAGAAUGGAAUGGUUGUGUCGGUACAGAUCCCGUCCCAGAAUCUUCGAACUGCUACAAAAUUCUCUAUUCCGUUAUUGGAUACGAAGCUUGGAAGACCUGUAAACCUCUGAAAAGAGAAGAUAUAAAACGAGUGUUGGACCCUAAAUAUCACGGUGAAUACCACGCCGAAUUUACAUUUGGGCGUCUUCUGUGGAUGGGUGCCAUUGAAGAGUAUCCAGGUUCCAAAACCUACUUACGCUUCAACCAAAGAAGUAAAGAAUUGGAAAUAGAAAGAGACGCCGAAGAUAAUGCUUCAGAGAAGUGCCUAGCAUUGGACAUUGCCUCUCUCGAAGGUACGGGAUUAGUAAGGAGGAAUUGCAGCGAACAUCUGCCAAUGAUGUGUUACGUGCAAAGCAAGUACAUAGCUCAGGCCUACAAUGCGUCAGCACCCGAAGCAUGUAACAAGAGCAACGCUCUGUCUCUUCUACCGCUAACUGGCUGCUACGUGAUUAACAAAGGAUGUUAUAAUUACUCUGUGAUUGUUCGGGAACAAUGGUUCUUCCACAACCUCACAAACGUUAGGAGUGAUAUACCUGUGGUGAUCCUCCAAACGAAUUCAGAUCGUGGAAAAUUCGUGAAAGAAAAUGAGACGCUCGUAAAUGCCACUACUCUUUGUUACAUUGGGCAUGGUUCCUCAAGAAGUAUAAAAUUACGUCUAAAAAGAGUAACAAUUCCAGGAAAUAUAAAUGAUGAGAUCUCUAACACCUGCCCAGACACAACCAGCCCUGCAGGUCCUCCGCCAGGAACAACCAUCAAUCAUAACGCAUCAUGUCUGAAUUGUUUUCGAGAAGCACUACAUCCUUGCGUUCGAGAUUUCGACAAUUGCACAUCAUGUACGGAGGAGCAUUGUGGACCAUUUGGCAUAAACAUUUCUCUUUGGAGACAUGUUCACACCAAGGAUGGAAAUUUUGAAGAUUUUGUAGAUUUGCCGAAAGAUAAUAAAAUUGCGCGGUACUUUUGUGAAAAUUAUCCGAAUAAAAGAAGGUGGAUUGGCCCGGAAUACAUACCUCCGGAAAGUUCCUUUUAUUUGGCAAAAGAGUUGGAGAAGACAAUUGAAGAAUUACGCACUCUAAAGUACGUCACAGUCAAACUUCCUCGCAACGAGGUCUUGACUGCAAAGGACAUAGAGGAAAUAAUAUCAACAUUUAGCCACCUGUUUGAUCGAGUAGCUAAUGUGUCAUCCCUGCCGGAACUUCUGGAGUCAAUUUUAAUAAAAGCGCCGUUAAACGUGUCAUUCACAACGGCCAACCUCGCCGUCAGCAAGAACGAAGCCAUUGGAUUUCAAUUGAUUUCGGACAAACCACUGGAAGGAUUGGAAACAUUCGGAAAGAAUCCCAGACAAGUUCCUAUUUCCAGUCGAGACAGUAUUACAACAGAGAAGAUGGAGGCGGCGGUCAUUCUACCCAAGAUAAGCAAAGAAACUUCGGUGGUAGUAGUGACAUUUGCGAAAGGUUCUGAUUUCACAUCCUGUAAAGGGCCAGCAAACGCAAAAUCUCAGAAAGACAAUAGCACAGCCGCUUACAGAAUGUCUUUCGGUGGUACCAACCCAGUUCAUGAACCAACACUUCCGAACCAUACGGAAAGUGAAGAAAACGAAGAAUUUAAAUCAGAAAGCCACUGUUCGUACCACAAGGAUUUGGUGCGCGGCUGCAUCAACACCCACGUGGUGCAAGUUGGGCUCUUGGAUGGAAAUGGAUCAUACGUGCAACUGCCCCAAGGGGAAACUGUGGACAUUCUCUUGCGAACUAAAAUUAUGCCGAUGCUGGGGCAAACAAAGACGUGCGCGUAUUGGAAACCACAAGAG